CCGUGUGCCGUCGCCGUCGUUUGCACUAAUUAAACGCGUUUUAAACAAUAAGCUGCACAGCUUCAUUUCGCACAAGCGACAGCAACAACAAAAGCACACAUACCAAAUAAUGGCUGCUUCAAUGAGAGCGCUGCUGAAAGUACGAGAUGGCUUCACCGCCAGCGUACGUUGUGGUUCGCAGUACAACAAGACGCGCGGAAAUCUGAAAUUGACUGGAGACUCCCGUGUUAUCUGUCAGGGCUUCACUGGCAAACAGGGAACGUUUCACAGCCAGCAGGCGCUGGAGUAUGGCACCAAGCUCGUUGGUGGCAUUUCACCCAAAAAGGGCGGCACUACGCAUUUGGGCCUGCCCGUCUUUGCCUCCGUUGCGGAAGCCAAAAAGGCAACGGAUCCCCAUGCCACGGUCAUCUAUGUGCCACCACCCGGCGCUGCCGCUGCCAUCAUGGAAGCCCUGGACGCUGAAAUUCCAUUGAUUGUGUGCAUCACGGAGGGUGUGCCACAGCACGACAUGGUCAAGGUGAAGCAUGCCCUGGUCAGCCAGGACAAGUCGCGCCUCGUCGGACCCAAUUGCCCCGGCAUCAUCGCGCCCGAACAGUGCAAGAUUGGAAUUAUGCCCGGCCAUAUUCACAAGCGUGGCAAGAUUGGCGUCGUCUCCCGAUCGGGCACCCUCACCUAUGAGGCUGUGCACCAGACCACGGAGGUGGGUCUGGGCCAGACGCUGUGCGUCGGCAUUGGCGGUGAUCCGUUCAAUGGCACCGACUUCAUCGAUUGCCUCGAUGUGUUCCUCAAGGAUCCCGAAACGAAGGGCAUCAUCUUGAUUGGAGAGAUCGGCGGUGUGGCUGAGGAGAAGGCUGCUGAUUACUUGACGGAGUUCAAUACGGGCAUCAAGGCCAAGCCGGUGGUCUCGUUCAUUGCUGGUGUUUCGGCUCCACCUGGACGUCGCAUGGGUCAUGCCGGUGCCAUCAUCUCGGGUGGCAAGGGCGGUGCCAACGAUAAGAUUGCCGCUCUUGAAAAGGCUGGCGUUAUUGUUACCAGAAGUCCUGCCAAGAUGGGUUACGAGCUGUUCAAGGAGAUGAAGCGUCUGGAGCUAGUUUAGAUAAAUACAGAAGGAAAUCUAUCAACAACAAAUUGAACAAAACCACAUGUGACAAAGCCGAGGUACCACACGUACGAUUCAGAUGAGUAAAAUAUGCAAAGCAGUAAAGAUUAUUAACUAAUUAAGCAAAAAGUGAGGAAAUUAACACACAAAAAACUGAAUUAUUCGAAAUCCUAAAUAAAUUAUUGUAUGUGAAGAGAAUACGAAUUAUGAUACGUAUAAAAAGCGAUCUAGAA